AUGAGAGCACCUAUGCCCCAGAAAGAGCAGGCUCCCAGGAUGGACACCUCGCCCCCUGAAGAACGGUUAGAGAAGCAAAAUGAAAAACUGAAAAACGAGGAAGAGGAGAUGGAGUUUAAGGAACUGGACGAUCUGAGGGAAGCCUUGGCAAACCUCCGGGGACUGUCAGAGGAGGAGAGGAGCGAGAAGGCUAUGCUUAGCUCCCGCAUUGAAGAUCAGUCCCAGCUCAUCUGCAUCCUGAAGCGGAGGUCAGAUGAGGCCCUGGAGCGCUGCCAGAUCCUAGACCUACUCAAUGCAGAGCUGGAGGAGAAGAUGAUGCAGGAGGCUGAGAAGCUCAAGGCCCAGGGUGAGUACACUGGGAAGCUAGAGGAACGCUUUAUGACCCUAGCAGCCAACCACGAGUUGAUGAUCCGCUUCAAGGAUGAAUACAAGAGUGAGAACAUCAAGCUGAGGAAGGAGAAUGAGAAACUGAGGCUGGAGAAUAGCAGCCUCUUCAGCCAGGCUCUGAAGGAUGAGGAGGCAAAAGUAUUACAGCUCACAGUCCGGUGUGAGGCCCUCACUGGGGAGCUAGAAACGCUGAAGGAGAGGUGUGCUCAGGUUGCCUGCCAGGCUCAGGCUCGGGAGAAGGAGCUGCUGGAGCUACAGAGCCAGCAGGCCUGCACCCACACCAAGGAGACAGAACAGCUGCGCAGCCAGCUGCAGACUCUCAAGCAGCAGCACCAGCAGGCUGUGGAGCAGAUGGCUAAGGCAGAGGAGACACACAGCAGCCUAAGCCAGGAGCUGCAGGCCAGGCUGCAGACCGUCACUAGAGAGAAAGAGGAGUUGCUGCAGCUGUCCAUGGAAAGGGGCAAAGUGCUUCAGAACAAACAGGCAGAGAUCCGCCAGCUUGAGGAAAAGUUGGAGAUAGCAAAUGAGGGCAGGAAGCAUGCGCUGGAGCGGUUUAAGCAAGAGGCAGUGGCUGUGGACAGCAACUUGAGAGUCAGGGAGCUUCAGUGCAAAGUAGAUGGGAUCCAGAAGGCCUACGAUGAACUCAGGCUGCAGUCUGAAGCCUUCAAAAAGCACAGCCUGGAUCUUUUAAGCAAGGAGAGAGAACUCAAUGGCAAACUCCGCCAUCUCUUUCCAUAA